AUGUCGAGAGUGGGCUCUAUUUAUGGGGACUCAUUUGUCGAUCCCAUACCCGAGAUAGGUAAAUUAGAUCUGUAUCAAAUGAUUGAAAAGUUGGGACAAGGAACUUUUGGGGUGGUACAGAAAGCUCGAGAUAAACGCACCGGUGAGCUAGUUGCAGUAAAGCAACUUUUGAAUCAUCUGGCGAAAGAAGGAUUCCCCAUCACUGCUUUGAGGGAGAUUACAAUCUUGAAACAACUCGAGCACCACAACAUCCUAAACAUUAAUGAACUUGUUUACGAACCACCCAAAGUCACAAAUCCAGCUGACUUGGUCACAAAUAGGGGCACAUUCUACACCAUUUCUCCAUACAUGACAAGUGAUUUGGUUGGAAUCCUUGAAAACCCUGAUGUCAAGUUAGAGCUUAAUCAAAUAAAGUGUAUCAUGAUACAGCUAUUGCAAGGCACGCAAUUUAUUCAUGAGCAGAAUUUUCUACAUAGGGACAUCAAAGCUGCUAACAUAUUGAUAGACAGCAGAGGAGUUUUAAAGAUUGCGGACUUUGGCCUUGCGCGACUUUAUGAAGGAGAUAUACCAAGAUUAGGAAUGGGUCCUGGAGGUGGCGAAAAAGCGUACACAGCCCUUGUUGUCACUCGAUGGUACCGUCCACCGGAAAUACUAUUGGGCGAGAGAAAGUAUACCACUGCUGUAGAUCUUUGGGGAAUUGGGUGUGUCUUUGCUGAAUUAUUUGUUCAUAAACCCAUUCUUGUUGGUAAAAGUGAUGCACACCAGGCGCAACUUAUUUUUGAACUCAUUGGCCCUCCGACUGAUUGGGAAAAGGCAUCUAAACUACCAAACAAGACAGAUUUCAGUAUUGGUCUUGGUUGUAAAAGAAGCCUUGAGAGAAGAUUUGAAUCAUUGAUGCCAUCAUCUGCUGUUGAUUUAUUGAGCGGGUUGUUGGCGCUUGAUCCUUAUAAGAGAUUGAAUGCGUUAGACGCUUUAGAUCAUGUUUUUUUCAAAAGUGAACCAUUGCCUUUGCGACCGGAGGAGAUGCCACAGUUUGGAGAAUGUCACGAAAUAGACAAAGAAAGGUUCAAGAAACUUCGAGAAACAAGCCAACCACCGUUACCAUCUGGACCUGGUCAUAGAAGCUAUCUCGAAGGCAAGAGGUAUGACAAUGACGAGGAUAAACUAAGGGAUAAGACAGGCAAGCGUGACGAGCUUGAUGGUUAUGGAAAAUACCACGAGCGUCGUACCAUUUCUAGACAAGGGGCUCAUAAUAGCGAUGACGCAUUUGAUAGCAGAGAACUAAACUACAAGGGAAACCCCGUACGGGGCAACCAUGAUGACACCUAUAAUGACAGGGAGCAAAACUACAGAAAAAAUCCGGUAAGGAGCUACUACGAUGACACCUAUAAUGACAAAAAACCAGACCCCAGGAGAAAUCCUGUAAGGAGCUACUAUGAUGAAUGGGGCGGUAGAUCGCACGGGAGUUGGAGACAGAAUGGGUACAUUGAAGGUGAUUACGAAAAUGAGAGAGCUCCAAACAAAGAUAAUGAUUAUGGUGAGUCUAGAGGGUUUGAAGCAAAGCAGGUAUAUUCCUAUAUACCACGCCUGGAAGUGAGUGAUUCGUAUUCAAGGCGAGACUCCCCUCGUCCUUUGUACAGAAAUGAAAACAGGUAUAAUCAAGCGCCACAUGGCAGAGUUAACGACGUGGUGAACUACUUUGAAAAGAGAUUUCCCCCAAGAAAUCACAACGCUGUUGAAAUUCCUUGGACAAAAGAAGGCGGUCACGAGGCAAAGCGCGGCUCUCCAAGAGGAAGAGAUAUUAAAACUACUUCCAACACAUGGCAUUCUCGGGAGGAAAAUCAAGAUAUGCAUACCAACAACUCUUCCAAUGCAGCAAGCCCAAUAUUGUCAUCCGAUAAUGCAUCACUGCUUAUUGAAAUGGAUUACCAAGAGGAUGAAGCCAAUGAAAUUGAAAAAAAUAAAGAACAACCCGUGUCAAGUGUUGAACAAGUGUAUCCACUCGUCUCCGAGAGUAUAGAGUCAAAAGGCACACGCAAUUCCACUUCUAGCAGAACAGACACGGCAAAUUCCGAGAAGUCAAACGAAAAAGAAACUUUCCAAGACAAGGGUGAACCAAGCAAGAGUAAAGUCCGCCUGAGGGAUUUCACAAUUGUCGCUAGAACCAAUGCCGAUAGUGCCGGAAGCGUCGGCAAUGGUAAAGACGUUGCUGCAACUGUGACAAGAAGUGCUAUCCCAUUUGCGGACUCAAGGGAACCAGGGAAAGCUGCAGUCGAGGAAGCACGCAAAGAGAUCCCCAUGCCUGUAAAAAGUUGCUCAGACGAGGUCAAGAAGUCUACAGUAAGGGAUGGAUUGAUCAAAGACAAAGCUUCGAUGGUGGACGCCCAUGAUCCUAAGGCUAUUGACACGAGGGAUGUCAGCGAAACAAGUGCUGCCAAACCUAAGGAUCUGAUCCUUGGAACGCCUGAAAGAAUCUUCCCAACGGGACCAAAGAGUUUGACUAAUGUUGACACCAACAUUGCUUCUAAAAGCGGGGAGGAAACCACGACGGCACCAAGACGAGAAGUUUUUAUCAGCACAACUAGAAACAGGACUAUGCCAUAUGUGCACGGCGGCUUGAGUGACAGAGCAGCGAAUUCAAGAAGCAGUUCCAUUUUCACGGCGUCGCCAAUUCCAAAAGAUACCAAAAGUGAAUCAACUUUAGCUAAACCUUCAGAUUCCAGGGAUCAAAAAAGGAUAUCCAAGUUUGUAUCUUCUGGUCAAGUCCAGGAAGCACCUUUAAAUGCCAAAUUGUUCCACUCAGAGGCUUCAAAAGUGAAAAAAAUUGAUAGCAAAGCUGUGCCACGAAGUAUAAUUGGACCAUCUAAAGAGCCCGUAAAGAAGGAUAUGUUUAGCAAGCCCAAGAACAUAUCUGGUCCAAUUGUAGUAACACCUUCGCAACUGUCCCCAUUGCAGACAAAAAAGCGUUCCAGAAACCCACUAGAGAGCUCUGCCAAAAGGGAAUUGGCAGGCUAUGCCAUGGCGGCUAACAAGAGGGCUAAAAGGAACUACAGCAAUAUAGACAACGCCAUUCUGGAAAGUGAUUUAAGUGAUGUUGAGGAUUUUCCAGUGGAUAACCGGAGCCAUGAACUUUAUGAAAAUCUUUUAAAUAAAGCGGGGUAUAUGAGGGAACCAGUUUACCGGAAACAUAUAAGUGAAAAGAGGAAGUUCAAACAGUGA